ACACCAACUAACUGUCCUCUUUCAGUGAUCAACAAAUGUACCAUAAUUUAUCAGCCAAUGUUACCGCCGUGGCUGCCGUACUAUUGAUUAUAUGUUGGCCAACAACAACUGUAUCGACAACGGUCGGCAAACAAGUCGACCGCCCUUUAGUUCGCCGAUCGGCCGACAAUUGUCCGACAAUUGCCGACAAACUGGUCGRCUGUGUUAAUAGCAAAUGGAAUACCCGUUGGAAUAUUACGUUCAGGGAUGUGGUAAACCCGGAGCUGGAAAAUGCCUACAAACAGUCGUGUUGUGCAUCACUACAGUUGCUCUGUGGCGGCAAACAAAUGCUACCGGUGUGUCCUAAUAUACAAUCAAAAGUCAAUUUUAUGCAAAAACUAUAUGACGAUAAUAUAAAAAGAUAUUGUCUGAACAUGUCGUUUACGCCAAAUGAGGCCAACUGUGUUGGACUGGUAGCCAAAGCCGAUAUCAACGACAACAACAAACAGUGUMCAGAAUUGUUGUGUUACAGUACUGAUCSACAAUCGAUAGCUACAGAUAAUACUACCAGUUUGUCGUUGUCGUCRUCGACAGUAUCGGUAGACGACUCGUCAAAAACAACACAAUCUAAUGGUUUGUUUUUGCAGCCAAUGGCUACAAGUGCUCAAUAUGUGGUCAUCAUUGUUAAAUCUAAUUAA